UUGUGGCGCGGACCGCGAGGGAGGCUGUGAGCGCCUCGGCCGCCGGAGGGGACAGACGGAGCUCCGCCAGAGCCAGCCAGCGGCGCCGGGGCCUGGCCGGCCGCUUCCCGCUUCAGCCGCCGCCACAGACGCCGGCGAGGCGGGCGGGCGGGCCCCGGAGGAGCGGCGUUCGCUCGGCCCUGCGCGGCCGGCGGCGAGGGAGGACCCCUACAGUGGAACAUGAGUCGGUAAUGCCCACUGAGGACCUUUGGGAGCCAUGUCAGACGAAUCCACCUCAGGGAGCGAUCCAGACCUGGACCCGGAUGUGGAGCUGGAGGAUGCGGAAGAAGAGGAGGAGGAGGAGGAGGUGGCAGUGGAGGAACAUGACAGGGAUGAUGAAGAAGACCUGCUCGAUGAUCCAUCCCUGGAAGACAUGUGUGACACUGAGUGUGCCCAGCUGGGGGAAGAUGGGCAGCGGCCACCGCGGUGCACUUCAACUACCUCAUCUCAAUCAGAGCCUUCAGAGCAACCUAAGCACCCCCAAGCGAAGAAUCUAGCCUCGGAGGACUCUAAAAAGAAGAGAGCUCAAAAGCCUUCCCACAUGAGAAGAAACAUACGAAAGCUGCUCCGGGAGGAUCAGUUGGAGCCAGUUACCAAAGCAGCACAACAAGAGGAGUUGGAAAGAAGGAAACGCCUAGAACAGCAGAGGAAAGAUUAUGCAGCCCCCAUCCCCACUGUUCCACUGGAAUUCCUUCCUGAGGAGAUUGUCUUAAGAGCAAGUGAUGCUCCCCAAAUGCCUCCUCGGGUUCUGGCCCAGGAGGUUAUUUGCUUGGACAGCAGCAGUGGGAGUGAAGAUGACAAAAGCAGCCGAGACGAGGUGAUUGAGCUGAGCUCUGGAGAGGAGGAUACUCUGCACAUUGUGGACAGCAGUGAGUCUGUCAGCGAAGAGGAGGAAGAAGAGGAGAAGGGGGGAACCCAUGUGAAUGACAUCUUAAACCAGCGUGAUGCCCUGGGGCGGGUCCUUGUCAACCUGAACCACCCUCCAGAGGAGGAGAAUGUCUUCCUGGCGCCACAGUUGGCACGGGCAGUGAAGCCUCACCAGAUCGGUGGAAUCCGGUUCCUGUAUGAUAACCUGGUUGAGUCCUUGGAGAGGUUUAAGACCAGUAGUGGCUUUGGCUGUAUCCUGGCCCAUAGCAUGGGUCUGGGAAAAACUUUGCAAGUGAUCUCCUUCGUUGAUGUCCUCUUCCGCCAUACCCCAGCGAAAACUGUGCUUGCCAUUGUGCCGGUUAAUACUCUUCAGAACUGGCUGGCAGAGUUUAACAUGUGGAUUCCAGCUCCUGAAGCCCUUCCAGCUGACAACAAGCCUGAUGAAGUCCAGCCUCGGUUCUUUAAAGUUCACAUCUUGAAUGAUGAGCACAAGACAAUGGCAGCUCGUGCUAAAGUCAUAGCUGAUUGGAUGUCUGAGGGUGGGGUGCUGCUGAUGGGGUAUGAAAUGUAUAGACUUCUCACCCUGAAGAAAUCCUUUGCCACUAGUAGGCCGAAGAAAUCCAAGAAGCGUUCUCACCCAGUUAUCAUUGAUCUGGAUGAGGAAGAUCGACAGCAGGAGUUUCGAAGAGAGUUUGAGAAGGCCUUAUGCCGCCCUGGCCCUGAUGUGGUGAUCUGUGACGAGGGACACCGCAUCAAAAACUGUCAGGCCAGCACUUCACAGGCCCUGAAGAACAUUCGCUCUCGCCGCCGGGUGGUGCUGACUGGGUACCCUUUGCAGAACAACCUCAUUGAGUACUGGUGCAUGGUGGACUUUGUGCGCCCAGACUUCCUUGGCACCCGGCAGGAGUUCAGCAACAUGUUUGAACGGCCCAUCCUGAAUGGGCAGUGUAUUGACAGCACACCUCAGGAUGUGCGCCUCAUGAGGUACCGGAGCCAUGUCCUGCACAGCCUCCUGGAGGGCUUUGUGCAGAGGAGAGGCCACACUGUGCUGAAGAUCCAUCUGCCUGCCAAGGAAGAAAAUGUCAUUCUGGUGCGGCUUUCUAAGAUUCAGCGAGAUUUGUACACCCAGUUCAUGGACCGCUUCCGGGAUUGUGGUAGCAGUGGCUGGCUGGGACUGAACCCCCUCAAGGCUUUCUGCGUGUGCUGCAAGAUCUGGAAUCACCCCGAUGUGCUGUAUGAAGCCCUUCAGAAGGAGAACCUGGCCAACGAACAGGAUCUAGACGUUGAAGAGCUCGGCUCAGCAGGACCCACUGCCCGCUGCCCGUCACAGGGAGCAAGAAGCAAGGGGGAGGACAGUGCCUUGGCCUCUUCAGUGGGAGAGGCAACAAAUAGCAAGUUCGUGCAAAGCGUCGGCUUCAACCCAUUCCAGGAGCGCGGCAACAACAUUAUCACCUAUGAAUGGGCCAAGGACCUUUUGACUAACUACCAAACUGGAGUUCUAGAGAACUCCCCCAAGAUGGUACUGCUAUUCCACCUCAUUGAGGAAAGUGUGAAGCUUGGGGACAAGAUCCUUGUGUUCAGUCAGAGCCUUUCGACUUUGGCUCUCAUCGAGGAGUUCCUGGGGAAACGAGAAGUGCCCUGUGUAUCUGGUGCUGAGGGACAAGGAGCACAGAAGUGGGUUCGAAAUGUCAGCUAUUUCCGGCUCGAUGGCAGCACCCCUGCCUUUGAGAGAGAGCGACUCAUUAAUCAGUUCAAUGAUCCCAGCAACCUUACCACCUGGCUAUUCCUCCUCUCCACAAGGGCUGGAUGCUUAGGUGUCAAUCUGAUCGGUGCCAACCGAGUGGUGGUGUUUGAUGCUUCCUGGAAUCCUUGCCAUGAUGCCCAGGCAGUAUGUCGAGUAUACCGUUACGGCCAGAAAAAGCCCUGUCACAUCUAUCGCCUUGUAGCUGAUUUCACCCUCGAAAAGAAGAUUUACGAUCGUCAGAUUUCGAAGCAGGGCAUGUCAGAUCGGGUGGUGGAUGAUCUCAAUCCUAUGCUGAACUUUACCCGGAAGGAGGUGGAGAACCUACUGCACUUUGUUGAAAAGGAGCCAGCUCCCCAAGAAUCUUUGAAUAUUAAGGGGAUCAAGGAACCAGUCCUGCAGCUUGCCUGUUUGAAGUACCCUCACCUCAUCACCAAGGAGCCUUUUGAGCAUGAGUCAUUGCUCCUUAACCGAAAGGAUCACAAGCUGACCAAGGCUGAGAAGAAAGCAGCAAAGAAAAGCUAUGAGGAAGACAAACGCACGUCGGUGCCCUACACCCGCCCGUCAUAUGCGCAGUAUUAUCCUGCCAGUGACCAGAGCCUGACCAGCAUCCCCGCCUUCAGUCAGAGAAACUGGCAGCCAACACUGAAGAAUGAUGAGAAGCCCGUGGCCAGUGUUCGUCCUGUGCAGUCCACCCCCAUCCCCAUGAUGCCCCGCCACGUCCCUCUGGGAGGCAGUGUAAGCUCUGCCUCUGGCGCAAAUCCAGCUAUGAACUUCCCCAUCAACUACUUACAGCGUGCAGGAGUCCUCGUACAGAAGGUGGUCACCACAACAGAUAUUGUCAUCCCUGGACUCAAUAGUGCCACAGAUGUGCAAGCAAGAAUUAACGCUGGUGAGAGUAUCCACAUUAUCCGUGGGACAAAAGGGACAUACAUUCGAACCAGUGAUGGACGGAUCUUUGCUGUCCGGGCAACUGGCAAACCAAAGGCCCCUGAAGAUGGUCAUAUGGCUGCCUCAGGUUCCCAGGGACCUUCUCUUGAGUCCACAAGCAACGGCAGACACAGUGCCUCAUCACCCAAAGCUCCUGACCAUGAGGGACUGGCCAGACCCGUCUCUCCAGACAGCCCAGAGAUCAUCAGUGAGCUCCAGCAGUACGCAGACGUGGCUGCCGCCCGGGAAUCCCACCAGAGCUCUCCCAGCUCCAAUGCCUCCCUGCCUGGCCCCCCAGCCCAGCUCGUGGACAGCAGUGCUGUUCCUGGGACAGCUCUUGGGACUGAGCCUCGACAUGGGGGUCAUUGCCUCAAUAGUUCCCUCCUGAUGACUGGCCAGCCUUGUGGUGACAGACACCCAUUGUUGGACUUAAGGGGUCACAAGCGAAAAUUGGCCACACCACCUGCUGCCCAGGAGUCAACUCGCCGACGAUCUAGGAAGGGUCAUCUGCCAGCCCCCGUGCAACCGUAUGAACACGGGUAUCCAGUUUCUGGCGGGUUUGCUAUGCCACCUGUCUCCUUAAACCAUAACCUCACCCCUCCUUUCACCUCCCAGGCUGGGGAGAACUCCCUCUUUAUGGGUAGUACCCCCUCCUACUACCAGCUGUCCAAUUUGCUGGCAGAUGCCCGCCUGGUGUUUCCAGUGACUACUGACCCUCUGGUGCCAGCAGGCCCUGUCAGUUCCUCUUCCACGGCUACCUCAGUCACUGCCAGCAACCCCUCCUUCAUGCUCAACCCUUCUGUACCAGGGAUACUACCCAGCUACUCACUCCCAUUUUCACAGCCACUCCUGUCCGAGCCGAGGAUGUUUGCGCCUUUUCCUUCCCCUGUCUUGCCCAGCAACCUUCCACGGGGCGUGUCUGUCUAUCCAGGGUACAUGUCCCCCCAUGCAGGCUACCCCACUGGCGGCCUCCUCCGGUCCCAGGUGCCUCCAUUUGACUCUCAUGAGGUUGCUGAGGUGGGGUUCAGCUCCAAUGAUGAUGAGGAUAAAGAUGAUGAUGUUAUAGAAGUCACGGGGAAAUAGCUGGGGAACGCCUCUCCUCCACCUCACUCUGGGGCUCCCAGCAGGUUGCCCACCAAGUUAAAAGGCAGAGAUUCUGGGUUUUCUGAGAAUAGGGCACCUGGCAGGAAGGAAAAGGAAGAGGACAAAGAAGGGUGUUUGACCACAGUGGCAAGGUUCUGUUGCUUCUUAACAAAAGAGGCAAAACAACUCAACAGAGCGGCAAGUAGUGGGAAAUCAGGGACCCGAAACCCAAUGGAGGACCAGGGCAGCCCGCCUUCUUCCUGUCUGCCUUGCUCAUGCUGUUGUUUGCUUGCUUGCCCUUUGGAGAGUGGAAGCUCAUGUCCCAUUUCUGUUUUUGGGAAUAUUCUCUCCCAAGAAAGCUGCCUUACUGGGUGACUUAGCUUGGCCUGGGGAAGGGGAGGGGAAGGAGGUAGGGCAAAAGAAAGAGGAAGGGUGGGCAGGGAAAACAGACUGAGUCCAUGUGAAGAGGAGUCUUUUUUAGGGGUGGGACAAAAGCAUACCAGGUAUGUGUGUGUUUGUUGCGUGCGUGUGUGCGUGUGCGUGUGCGUGUGUGUGUGUGUGUGUGCGCGCGCGCAUGUGUGUGUGCCCACAUGCACGUGUGACAGAAUUGGGAUGAUAGUGGGAGGGAGAGACUAAGGGGGAAACUGCAAAAUGAAUUUAUCUUUUUUAAAGUGGAAAUCAAAUGUAAUGGUUCAUGGCAUCUAUUAGUAUGAACAUCAGAGUAAGCCCAGGAGAAAAGCCAUGGUAAUCACAAGUUUCCUUGCAGUUGAGUGAAGGGAAGACCCAGCUAACACUAGUCCUGGAUUUUCAGAGCCACAUUUAUUUUAGAAUUUGCGGGGGGAAAUUAUGAGAGAAAAUGGGCGUUACAAAUCAAUCUCUGUCUCUUUCCUCAGUUGCUCUCUCUGAGCAGAUCUCCCUUUCUCGGGUGUGAGAUUGUCUGUGUGAAGAGGCCAGGAGGGAGAAGCAUUUGGUGUAUGAGUGAGAGGUCACGGAGCUGUGGCCAGAAAAAACAUUCUUCACAAGGACAGAACUGAGUUCCCAGCUGCCUGUCUUGGUGAUCUUUUCUUCUCCAUUGGAGAGCUCUCUGUUAAUUUAUUUCUUAUGGAUAAUUAUUUAUUAUUUGGACUUUUUAAAUGUGUGUGUUUGUUUUUAAUUUUUACAAUGGGAAUGGGAUUAGGGGUCAGGAGUGUGGGAGAUGGGAAGGGGAGAUUUAAGAUAUCCCAUGCCAUAUAGUUACUGGCGGAAAAGUCCCAGGGCGUGGGUGGAUGGUGAACCAACCAAGGACAAUGAGUUAGGCUUUACAGUUUACACUAAACACGUCUUUUCAGGAGACGACCUCUCGGGAAGAUCAGAGAUCCUGAGUAGUUAGUGGGAAUGAGACUCAUUCCACUGAGAUUUAAACUUGGGAUCAUGGGUGUUGUUAUUGGGAAGGAAAUGACCCCACCUCUGGAACUGUGUCCCAGUGAGGUAACCUUAGAGACAAGUUCAUCGUGCUGAACCGUCAAGUUGUAUGUGGGCUGCUGGGUUGAGGGGAGACUGCUAAGUUAAUAUUUCCUGCUGGGAGAUGUCUUACCCAGGCCUUCCAGGUGGUCACUGCAGGCACCUGGUUUUUGUCUGAAAAGAACACAUCCGUCAUUAUGGGCCUCCCUUUUCUUGUGUCAGUUUCAGUGCUGGGGGUGGCGGGGGAGAAGGGGUUGUCUAGCCUUUAGCACAAACACUGGUCAUCUUCAUGCUAGCUUUUCACUUCUGGCUACUGAGACUUUGCUAGGUGGUUCUUUGUAAUUAACUGACCUUGCUGACUUUCAAGCUUUGCCACCUACCCAUUGGUCACUCCUCUCUGAGCAGCUGCUACACCUGCCUCUUUCCAGCCCUGGAGGCAGCUUCUUCAGGUCACCCCAAGUAGUAGCUAUUUCUGCAACUCUUCUGACCAGCCUCUUUCCACUGUUGGAAGGUUUUAGCACACCCUGGGGUGUUGUCGCCAUAGAAGAGAUCAAGAGAUGACUUGAUGGGGUGCGUAUGUGUGUACAUGCGUGUGUACUGUCUACACCAAAAGUGGAAGGUAAGGAGCUUUCUUCCUGUUUUCAUAAGCACCCUGUCAAAUACUUAACUCUCCUACUCAUAGAAGCCUUAGAUCUACAAUUUAGCUAUGCAGAUUAUUUUAGCGAUUUAAAAAUUAGUAGUUCCUAUCAGUGCUUUCUCUUGCAGAUGCAUCCCAGGAAUGGAGAAUGGAUAUAGUCGGACUGGGUUCUCGGGCUGAAGUUACCGUAAUAGAGAGCUAGCCUGGGUCCUGCUCCGUGGAGCCCACUUGCAACCUGGGCUACAACUCAUGUCUCUUAAGGCCUCAGAGCCCUGGGGUUCCAGAGGGAGAGGAGAGGACAUAUAUGUAUGUUUAGAUGGGGGAGAUUGGGUGUUUCUGUGUCUGCUUCUAGGAAAACUCAGCAUCAGGCUGGGAGGAUCCAGAGCGAGGAAGUGACUGGGAAGCGGCACACGCUCGCGCUCUGCCUGUGGGUCUAGAGGCUCAGCUCAGGAGAGGCUGUUGUUGGCAAGACUAACUUGCUUAAGAUCUUCUUUGAUACAAGCAGCUUAUAUUGUGUAGGGAUGAGGUGGGGUCACAGGAAAUCGGAGUGCCGCCCGCACCACGGCUUUUGUUUCCAGUGGCUCUGGAAACACCUCUGUUUUCUGUGUCUACUGGUAGACAGGUGUGCAACGCGAGCGCGUGCGCGAGAGGAACAGGAAGUGCCGCAGAGCCCAACAACUGUGUGUAGUGACUUCCUUGAUCCGAAACCGUCAAGGCCUGAGGGGGAGAAGAUCAGGCCAAGGCUUUUUCUCCCGUUGCUGUCUUCCGCAGAAUGUUCUCAAGGGCCUCUCGUGCCCCACCCAUCAACCCAGAGCACAUCUCCUACUUAAUUCAGGACUGCUGUCUGUAAAAAGGUUGAUUUCCUUUUCCGAAUGUCUUUGUGAACAAAAAUAGACACAAAACAGCCAUUUAAGCAAGAAAAUGAGCAAACCACGUUGGACCCGAUUUGUUUCUUCAGGCUGUAUUUGUAGAAACCCCUUGCCCUCUAGAGUUGUGUGCAACCAUCUGUCUCAUCAUCCCCUGACUUCUAGAUAUCUGGUUUUUGGAACUUUUUUCCCCUAGCAGUUAGUGUGUGGCAUCUAUAUGUACUUGUGAUUCACUGCAAAAGAUGACCUUUCCUACUUCAGGGCAUAAAGUAAAUAGCUGUGAUAAAGUUUCUCUGGCAGGUUGAGACAAUCUAACCAGCAGUCUGAGUGGGACUGUCACUCUCCAAGCUCAGUCGAGUAAGGCUCCCUGUCUCAGUUUUCUCAAGCUGGUCCUUACUCUGAGGUGAGUUUUCCUCCCGUGGGGACUGUCUUUGGGGAGCUUACCCUCUUUGGUCAGGUCAUGACUCCCCUCCUGCUUCCCAGUGCUCUGUGAUUCCUCAGACUAGAUUCCUUUCAGAGCCAGGGCCCCCUAUAAGCCCAGCUACGUGGUGGUUCUCCCAUCAGAACUCUUGUGAGACAAGCUUCUUCCCCUUAGUCCCCAGGAGACCUGUACUCUGCUAAUUCUUUCCAGGAAAUCUGCCCCCUCAAGGCCUGUCUAAGAAUGCUGCAUUCUCCAUUAGUCACCUUCCUACUGAUUCUUCUGUGUAUACUGCUGUGUCCCCUUAAUAUCUGUUCUGCGCCACUAGUUUGGCCGUAGGCCUUUUAUGAAUACCCAAGUCUUCCGAGGAACUUUCAGAGCAGACGGUGUCCAACUUCUUUGCUCUUCAGGGACCUGAGUCUGCCCCUUUCCUCUCCUAAGGUCUAUUUGAUGGUUAUCUAGUACAUUCUGGAGAGGUAGCCACAUAGGCUGCACAGUCUGGUGCAGAGUUGAGGGAAAUCUGGUUACUCUCUGUUAGCACUACUGGCAUGAUAAUCAAAAGAGAGGGGACCUCAUACUGUGACCUGACCCAGAAGCCUCCCCAAGAAGAGAGCUCUCAGCCGUGUGUGUGUGUAUGUGUGUGUGUGUGUGUGUGUGUGUGUGUGUGUGUGCGCGUGUGCGCGUGCGCGUGCGCGUGCGCGUGUAUGGGUGUCAACUGAAUGUUAUCUGGUUGUGUUACUCAGGGUGGGCAGGGGACUCCCUGGAAGAAUCCCCUCAGCCUGCUCAAGAUUGGUUUUUUUCCUGUACCCUCUCUAGAGGGGCCAGGAGAAGGGGGUCCAGGUGGGUUGAGGGGGUCACAUUGGAUAACCACUAAGGCCACACUGCUGCCAGGAGGAGCGGGGGGAGAUGGGGUGGCCCCAGGGACCUGGCACCUGGCUUUGGUUUUCCGUCUUCUUUCCUCAGGAUGCCCCCUGAGGCCUGGGACCUGCACCUGGCAUUGGGGAUCAUCUGUGGCUGGGUGUCCCAGCUGCUGGUGUGAUCAUGGGCUUCCCUCUUCUCAGCAGGGUGGUGUUCCUGCCCCAGAGACUGGGCAACUGGCUGUUUCUAUGACGUAUUUAUUUUUACUUGUGUUUCAUGUCACUUUUUUUAAAAAGAAAAAGGCAAGCAGAACAAUUGUAAGUCAGUAUAACUGCCUAUCAGUUUUCUUUAUUUCUCUUUUUGUAAAAUAAAAUUUAAACAUAAGAAGGCA